GGCGGGAGAGCGGCGGCCCCGGAGCGCGACUGCCCGCUCGGCGCUGCCCCUGCCGCCGCCGCGACCUCGCGGAGCCAUGUCCGAGGAGAAGCCCAAGGAGGGGGUCAAGACAGAGAAUGACCACAUCAACCUCAAGGUGGCCGGCCAGGACGGCUCCGUGGUCCAGUUCAAGAUCAAGAGGCACACCCCGCUGAGCAAGCUCAUGAAGGCCUACUGCGAGAGGCAGGGCUUGUCAAUGAGGCAGAUACGGUUCAGGUUCGAUGGGCAACCGAUCAAUGAAGCAGACACGCCCGCACAGCUGGAGAUGGACGACGAGGACACCAUCGACGUGUUCCAGCAGCAGACGGGGGGCGGCCUCCUCGCGCCUGCUGUGGCGUGGUGA